AUCACAUUGCUUCUCUUGGAUUUCCAUAGAAAUUAAUCGCUUUCCGAUUCAAAAUUCAAUGGCUCGGUUUAUCUUUCUUUUCCUUGCCUUUCUCAUUUUGAUCACUAAUGUUAUUAGCAUUUGCAAUGGCAAUUCUGUUCAUGCGGUUUGCAUUGAGGGCGAGAAAGAAGCCCUUUUGAAGCUCAAGCAAGGUAUCGUGGAUCGCACCAACCGAUUGGCCUCUUGGGUUUCCGAUGGAGAUUGUUGUGGAUGGACGGGAAUUGUCUGCGACAACAUGACUGGUCACGUCAUUGAACUCCACCUCAGAACUAAUCCUCCAUGGGACAUCAAUUACCAUGUGUACGAUUAUGAGGCUGAUGAGGCUUACGAGAGAUCGAGGCUGGAUGGUAAGAUAAGUCCUUCUCUGCUCCAUUUGAAUCAUUUGAGUUAUUUGGAUCUCAGCAACAAUGAUUUUGGAGGAAUUCACAUUCCCAAGUUUUUUGGUUCUUUGGGGAGCUUAAGAUACCUUAACCUAUCCCGUGCAAAUUUUGGAGGGGAGGUUCCUCACCAUCUUGGGAAUCUCUCUAAUCUAAAAUAUCUCAAUCUUGGGAAUAAUUAUUAUCAUACCAUGUAUGUUGAGAAUCUCUACUGGUUGUCUAGUCUUUCUUCAUUGGAAUACCUUGAUUUGAGUUAUGUGAACCUUAGCCAAGCCUCCAAUUGGUUUCAUGCAUUAAAUACACUUUCUUCUUUGGUAGAAUUACACUUGUCGUACUGUCAACUUCCCUAUCAGCUUUAUCCCAUUAACCUUCUCACUGGAAGGAUCCCUCCAAACAUUGGUGACAUAAGUUCACUAGAAUCUCUUGAUCUUUCUGUAAACAAAUUGCUUAGACCAAUCCCUAAAAGCAUGUCUAGAUUGUCAUUUCUAAGCUACUUGAACCUUUCUGGCAACCAAUUGAUUGGAAAAAUUCCUUCAAAUACUCAGUUACAGAGCUUUGAUGCAUCUUGUUACGUUGGAAAUGAACUUUGUGGCCUUCCACUAAUGGAGAACUGCAACAAAGUUAAUCAAAGAGUACCUGGCAUUGGAAAUAAUGGGGGGAAAGAUAUGGAUUUAGAUAAAGUGAAUUGGUUGUUUAUUAGCAUGGCACUUGGGUUUAUUUUGGGAUUUUGGAGUGUAUUGGGUCCUCUUGUGAUUAGUAGCCAAUGGAGGUAUGCAUACUAUCAAUAUUUGGAUGAGAUGUGGUGGAAAAGUCAGUCAUUAUGGGAGUAGAUUUUUCUAAAAUCUUACGUAGUUUUAUUUACAAGUGUAUUUCUCUUCAUGUUCUUGUGAUAUAUUACAAAGCAUAACCUCUCUGCUUUUCAGCAACUUUGUUUUGAUUUUUUGUUAUCCAUAAUGAAGCCGUAAAAUAUUU